AGCUCAAUGCUGUAUUGGUCGCUGACCCGAGCUGGCCCUCGGGAGCCUCCAGUAUGUUACUCACGUAUCCAGAAGGUAUUCGACGUAUGAUAGCCUGGCUGAGGAGGGAAUACGGUGACCUGCCCUUCUUGAUCACUGAGAACGGCUACUCGACAUCGGGACAUAAACUGAACGAUCCUGACAGGAUUAAAUUUAUCAAAGAUUAUUUGAAACAGGUGCUUUUAUCUAUUUGGGAGGAUGGUGCCGAAGUUUUUGGAUACACAUAUUGGUCGUUGAUAGAUAACUUUGAAUGGGGUGAUGGUUAUGGUGUAAAGUUCGGUCUCUACGAAGUAGAUUACAACGAUACGUCACGAACGCGCACGCAGCGAGACUCCGCCCGAUACUUCGCUGACGUCAUACGAACUAAUACUAUAGAUUGUGAUGAUGGAUAAAAACAAUAAAUCCAAACAAAAGUAUAAAAACGUUUUAUUUCUUAAACUUCUUUUGCAGUUUUAACAAAGGUUCGUUCUUGCUCUUUCUCAAUUCCUUCUUAAGUGCACCUGUUUCUAUUGCCUUCUUCA